AUGCUUGACCGAGCAGAGACACUCCUCCAUGAUCACUAUGCUGGGAAGGAUUACUGGGAUACGCGGCGCAUGGUUUUUGCCAAGCACCUUCGUCUCAUAGCAGAUGACUUCCGAGCAAAGUACCUGAACUCUACAGAUGACAGAGACCAUACCAUUACAGUGAGAUGGACUCGCAUGAAAGCCAAGCUGGGCUCAGCUAAAGGUGGUUCAUAUCUGGGAGUCCACCUGCGCAGGAAGGACUUUGUCUGGGGUCACAGAGAGGAUGUACCCAGCCUUAAGGGGGCAGCCAAAAAAGUGCGGAGCUUAAUGAAGAAGCACAAACUCGACCACGUGUUUGUAGCGACAGAUGCCGAUGGGGAAGAACUGAGGGAGCUGAAAAGGUUGUUGCCAGACAUGGUGCGCUUUGAGCCGUCCAUAGAGGACCUGGAGCUCCUUAAAGAUGGAGGGGUGGCCAUCAUUGACCAGUGGAUAUGUGCUCAUGCAAGAUUCUUCAUAGGAACAUCAGUGUCCACCUUCUCUUUCCGAAUCCAUGAAGAGAGGGAGAUCCUGGGCUUUGACCCCAAAACUACAUACAAUCGUUUCUGUGGGGACUCCGAAAAACAAUGUGAACAGCCCACACACUGGAAAAUAGUGUAUUGAUGAUAUUGACUUUCUUGACACACAAGUGCCAACAGCAGUGUUAAAAGUUAGAUGUGUUUGUAUGGAAUAUACAGGAUAUUUUAACUGUUCUUUGGUGUAUUUUUUACUUUUAUGGUUUCAGAGUUGUGCAAUCAGGUCUAUAGUGACCACUGUGACUGAACAUUAUGCUCAAAAGGCCAAGAUUGGGCUGCCAAACAUGUAUUACCGUUGCAUUCAACAACUAAAUCUGCAAAUAUUUUGUAAGUUAUAUGUUAAAUGUGGAUCCUUCAUGACGGCCUGGUAUUUCACAUAAUUUCUGAUAUUUAUUACUAACACCAGCACCCCUGGUGAGGAAAAGUGUCUUAUAGUGACUGCAACAGACAGUGUUGUGUGGAAGUAUUCUCAGUUUAAUAUUUUGUGAGAUUCAAAGAUGUUGAGUAUCUAAACUUUAACUAUUCUAUUUUUAAAAUUUACUAUUUGUUUUUUCACAAAUAGCACCACAUAAGAGCAUUCAGGGAUCACAAACAUAGUAUGAAGAUUAUGCAUUUCUAAUUAAAGACACCCUGUUGAGUUAAGUAAAGAAGUAUUUGCAUUCAGUGUAUCUUACCAAAAAGCAUUGUGUAACAAACAACGUUGGAUGCAUUUUGCUAAAUGUUUUUUUUUUGAAGUACUUUGAAACUUGCAAUGUCUUCUUCUUCACUGCCUUUAGCACAUAGCCUCAUUUUUAAUGCGUUACUUCCACCAACUGUUUAUCAUUGGAUUAGCAUUGAACUGGCGCCGCACUAUAGUGCACAUACAUAUAUGUACUUGUACCAUGGCAAGGAAGCCAAACACAACGGGGAACCUCGAACAUAAGCACUGCUCUAAAGCGCUUCAAGUGGUUAAUAAUUCCACAGGGCACCUUUUAAAAUAGAACCUAAAAAUUCCCAGUUGAUGAAUUGUUAAGAGGUGUGUUUUUCUUCUGCUUCCAUCGUAUUUCAGUGUUUGUGUGAAAAACUUUCAUUUCAUAUAUAGUGCCAGUAUUAGUAUUUGUUACAUGGGAUUGCACUACCAUAUUACUUAUGUUGGAAAAGUAAGAAACAACAUGACAAAUUUUAUUUUCAAAUGAUUCAUCAUUAUAGUGUUACUGCUACUAUUGAAAUGAACUGAAAUGCCACAAAGGAGCCACUGUGUCUUACCAACACUUGUCUGUCAUGAAGCUGUUUUCUUACAACAACACGCCCUAUUUUUUCCCAUUCCUGAGGAUGCACACACAUAUGCAUUGUCUCAUGACUUGGUUUGUACAGCAGUAGAUGUGUAAUUUUGGUGUUGGAUAAAAGUUUUUAGCAGAGAUUAAACAUGGCAGAAAACCGA